GCAGUAGUGUGAGGGGGGGAAGAAAAGUGAGAUCACUUUAUUACAGUCAGAGAAUAAAGCUGGAAAUGACCACGCGCUGAGGGACAAAGAUCACUCCGAGUUGCCGCAUCAGUAUGGAGGACAGCAGUGGUGUUGCAGUCCUGGUCCCUCACCCCAGAGGUCAGCAGGAGACUGUAUUUGUCCCUGAUCCGCACCUUCACGAUGACCAGCAGAAUCAGCACAAGCAAGCUGCAGACUCGCUCAUCCAGGUGAUCGAGAAGCUCAGUAAGAUUGUGGAGAAGCGGCCAAGACGGUGCGCUUUACCAGGGAAGAAGAGGCCCUCGCUGACCUGCGCCUCAGUGACUGUUGCAGACAGCAGAGAGGGAAGCGGAGGGGCUUCACCCUGCAAGAUGUCCAGGGAGCAGGAUGAGGAGGGCCACACUCGCAGCUGCACCUCAGGGCCUGCUGUAGGGCCCAAUAAUGGAGGCCCCCGGACAGUUACCUGCUACCAGUGCAGCCUGUGCCGCUUCAUAUCCCCCACAUUGAGCGCCUUGAAGAAGCACCUCAAGCAGCACGACGAGCACCACAGCGACCUCAUCCUCGAGUGCUCGGAGUGCCGUUUCACGUCCAGCCAGCAGGAGGAGCUGGAAGCGCAUGUCAGGCUUCACUUUGAGCAAGGGGCUCGAUCAAGGGGGAGCUUGCGGGGGCAGACAGGGUUUUCCGCCACAAAAUCUGAAACUGAAUCUGAGAAAAUGCCAGCUGCGCCCAAAAAGUGGUACAGUUAUGAGCAUGGAAGGUAUCGCUGUCUGAUCUGCAGCUAUGAGUGUAGGCAGCAGCGUAACCUGAAAACACACGCUUGGAAGCAUGCUGGCUUAGUGGACUGCUCCUACCCUAUAUUUGAAGAUGAGGAUGACCAGCGUGUUAAUCCUGUACCCACCCUCAGCAGCAGCCCUUCCUUAGCUCGUAGUAAGGAAGAGGAGGCUAUAGUGGUCCUCACACCUGUAGGACACAAAGGCCAGGUUCUGCAGAGCAGCACUUCCAUUCAGCUGGAGCUUUGUGCACCAGAAGAAGUGAAGUGUAAUAAAGUUAUUGCAGGAGGCACUGAAGAACUUGAGAGUCCUGUCGGUAAUGUUUUUUCUAUCAGAGGACCUGAUCCUCAGGAGCCCUUGGUGGAAGUUCAGUUGACUCCGGAAGCACAGAUGGAGCUGGAGCUAGAGACGGAGAGCCAGCAGAUGAGCUCAGACAGCCUUCUGUCUUCAGCACAGAAGAUAAUCAGCUGCAGCAGCAACGGUGCCGGCCACGUCAACGUCAUUGUAGAGAGGCUGCCCUGUGCCGAGGAGCCGGUAGCAAGCAAGUCUCUUCUCCUGAGCCCAGAGGUAGCCGGAGAUAAGACCCUGCUUGCUUCCAAAGAACCAGGAUUAGAGAACCAGCCCCAUCCCAUCUACUAUGAGGAGCAGGAGGAGGUUGUGAUUGGCUGGAGUGGUGGAAACACACAGCAGGAAACAGAAAAAGGAGCAUCUGGUGAUCCACCCCCAGAUGAGAACAUGCCUCCAGCCCGAAGGCGGACACACUCGGAGUGUUUGAGACUCCACUCUUUGGCGGCGGAAGCCCUUGUUGCCAUGCCCACGAGAGCUCCGGAGCUAAGCAAGUCCACUGUUAAGGGAAUGGUGGGUCUUGGCACACAGAUCCCAGACACAGGCCAAAGAAUCAUCGAGCUGUCCGCAGCUUCUGCUGCCACAGUCCACUCAAAGAAUCCUUCAGGACCCAUCCCAGAUCCAGCCACCCUGCUGAGUCUUGGCCUAGGUGGGGUCCCGCAAGGUUCCAAGGAAGAAGUCCUGGUUGAGGGACCUUCCAAAGCUGGAAUUAGCAUGUCUCUGCUGACUGUCAUUGAGCGGCUACGCGAGAGGUCGGACCAGAACGCCUCAGAUGAGGACAUCCUGAGGGAGCUGCAGGACAAUGCCCAAAGUCAGCAUGGCGGAGGGGGUGCAGGGGUGGUGGUGGGGUCAGGGGACCCCUCUAUCCCAGAGGGCAGCCUGGUAGAGUAUAUCGCUGGGAGCGAAAAGCCGUACCGCUGCCGACUGUGCCUCUACAGCAGUGGGAACAAGGGCUACAUCAAGCAGCACCUGCGCGUCCACAGGCAAAGGCAGCCCUACCAGUGUCCAAUUUGCGAGCACAUUGCCAGCGACAGCAAGGACCUGGAGAGCCACAUGAUCCACCACUGCAAGACCCGGAUGUACCCCUGCAAGCACUGUAGCGAGACGUUCCAUUAUAAGAGUCAGCUGAGGAACCACGAGAGAGAGCAGCACGGGAUGGGUGACACUUCAGCAGCCCUGAUGGCUGUCAGCGAAACCGCAGCAAGCACAGACGAGUCUGAGAAGAUGACAGAAGAGGACACAGUCAGCGAUCAAAAAGUGUACAAAUGUGACGUAUGUGACUAUACCAGCUCCACCUACGUUGGGGUGCGGAACCAUCGCAGGAUUCACAAUUCUGACAAGCCCUACAGGUGCUGCAGCUGUGACUUUGCCACUACAAACAUGAACAGCCUGAAGAGCCACAUGAAGCGGCACCCGCAAGAGCACCAGGCCGUGCAGCUGCUGGAACAGUACAGGUGCUCUCUGUGUGGCUACGUGUGCAGUCAUCCUCCAUCCCUCAAGUCCCACAUGUGGAAGCACGCUGGAGAUCAGAACUACAACUAUGAACAAGUGAACAAGGCCAUCAACGAGGCCAUCUCCCAGAGCAGCCGGUCUCCGAUUGUGCCUCCUAACGUUAUCCUGGGCAGGAAGGAGAAGACGCCACACAGUUUACCUGCUGCUGCAGCAAGUACUCUUGGAGAUGGCUGGAGAGCCAGCCCUGGGGAACAGGCCCUGGGCGCUGCCGGGCGGAAGGGGGGCAUGGGGCAGGUGCGCGCAGGUAUGGAGUACUGCAUGCUGCUCUUCUGCUGCUGCAUCUGCGGCUUUGAAUCCACCAGCAAAGAGCAACUGAUGGAGCACAUGAAGGAGCAUGAGGGAGACAUCAUCAGUAUCAUACUGAGCAAGGAACAGCAGGGAAGCCAGCCAGCAGAGGCUAGCACAGUGCAGUGAGAGAAAGGAGUGCACAAUCACGUACAUGUUCACUCCCAAUCUCUUAAAGUUAGAGCCAGUAACUUUUUGCACAAGUCUUCGUUUUGUUUUUUGGCCUGUGUGUACACACACACCACAAUAUUUGCUUCAACAGGUGACAUGCACAGCUAUGAAAAGAUUCACUAUCCCAUUAUUAUUAUUAUUAUUAUUUUUUUUUUAUAAACCUUUAUUUCUUUUCUUUUUUCUUUUUUUUUUAAGCUUUAUUCAGUUAUUUUCCUAGUACAGAGGUUUAAUUUCCUUUAGUUUGCUGGCAUAAACUUUUAAUUCAGGAAGAUCCAAAAGCUUAUCCAGAAGAUUGUCAGACUGAAUUUAAAAAAAUUCAGCGGAGGAGACGUUCAGUCACGUAGUGAAACAUGUAUUUGGGUAUUUCUGAAAGGCGUUUCAUACCUCAUCAAGUCAAACUUGUUAUACAUAGUAUAUAUAAGGUAAGAUUUAGGGUUAAUCAUACACAGGGCAGCUUCUAAUUCACUGAAUUGUUAUUAUUAUUAUUAUUAUUAUUAUUAUUAUUUAUCAAUAUAUUGUUUAUAUGCUACCUUGCUGGGUAGUUGUCUUCACGGAAAGGUUUGAAGAGAGAAGGCAGGUUUGCAUUUUUGCCUUCUUGUUUGUGUCGUUGUAUGUGUUGAUAUUUAUCACGCUUAUUUAUAUGGUUUUUUGCAUGUACCCUUCCGUUAUGUUGAUGCAAAGGAGGCAGUUUCUCUCAGAUGCCGUUCUUUGGUGCUACUGACCCUUUCUUUAGCUCAGCUGGGACUGAAGGAAGGGUCGUUUUGGGAAUGUAUCUUAAACCUAUAGAUAAGCCAGUAGAAAGUGUAGUGUAUGUUUAUCCGCUACAGUUGAAAAGCACAAGAUAAAUUCUAAAACAUUCUAAUGGUAACUGGUCCAAUAAUCAGGUAGUAAAAAACUGAAGAUUCAUCAUUCAAGAUCUGUUACUGCAACAUAAGCCAAUGUGCCGUCAUACAGCAGCCGUGAGGGGUUACCACUAUAACAUUAAAGGGGAAGUUCAAUACAAAAUGUUUUGAGUGUUUCUGACAUCUCUUCAGAUGGUCCUGUCUGAUCUGGCUUGUAUUGUAAAUGUACAUGUUCCAUUCACUUCCAGUUCAUUUAAAAACCUUGUUGCGAUUCUGAAAACAUACUAGCGCAUAGGUUCUGUAACUCUCUGCUGUUGAUAAUGUUGAUAACCCCUAAACUUUCUAGAUUGUCUGUUAACAUUAGUGAUGCAGAAUAACAUCAGAAUCAUAUUAAUACAAAUAAUUGCUUUAAAAAAUGAUCAGUAGUACCAGAGUACCACAAACAUUUUGUCAAACAUCAGUUAUGAAGUAGUGCCCAAAUCUAAAUGUUUGUCCAAAAUUUCAAACCAAUAUUUGACAUUUAUUGUGCUCCGGAAGAAUGUUCAGGCGAUGCUGGGCUACGAGGCUAAAAUGACUGCAUUUUAUUCAUUUUUCUGCAUUUGUAACCCUCUACAAAGAUUUCUCAUUUCUCCAUAAUGGUAAUCCAAAUGAACUUAGUCCCAAUUUCUAGAUUUCUAUUUCUAUUUUGUAAAUGUUUAUAUAUAUAUGUCAACAUAGAUAUCAGCAGAAAAAUGCUGCAUGUUAUUAAGACUCAUGUAGGUUCUCUGAAAGGAUGAUGUAUCCAGUUUUCAGGAUUUUAAUAUAUCUUUGAAAACAGUAUAAAAUGCAAGCAGUAAAUAGAAGCGGUAUUUCAGUGAAAAAGCUCUUUGCUAGCUAUCUUAACAGCCCAGCUGUAAACACAACCUUGUCCUUUCAUUGUUUCGGCCUGACAUUCAGCAGUUGUUCCCACAUUGCUGUGGCUUAGUAAAUAUGGCUCAAGCAUUUAUAGUACGAGCAAAAUGGCUGUGCAAAGUCAAAAAGAACUGUGUUGAGAGGUAAAAGGACCAUUUGCUAUUUUUUGUAAACUUCUCCUUUAAUUGCUAUUGUGAGUUUAGUAAUGUAAUAUAAGCUGAAUUUCAGUAUUUCCGUUUCUUUGGUAAGAUACUAUUGUCUUACUAGUUUUGAUUUCUGUUUAAGCUCGUUUGAAAUCUGUUUCAAUGCAACGUCCUCGCUUUUUAGUCCAGUUUCGUUUACGUUUAGUAAACGUUUGCUAGAAUUGCAAAAAAUGCAUCACAAGUAAUUAUUUAUAUUGAUAAAAUUAUCGCUGUAUAGUUGCUCUACCAUUGAAAUGUUGAUGGCUACCUCCAGUCAAAAUGUUCCCAAAUUCUGUUGACCUUAACUUUAGUAUGUGUUCUACAUUUCUGCUUCCAAUGCAGGACAUUUACCAAGGGAUGAUUUGCAUGCUCUUACCGCUGUGUCAGUUAGAAAUGCAAAAUUAUGAGGAUAAAAUGAAAUCCAUUAUUCAUGGGUCUUGAGAUUGCGUUCAUGCGGCACCAUGUAUCACGGAAGGUAAAUCUUUAUUUUCUACCAAGGAAUAUCUCAUUAGCAUACCAGAUUGUUAUUGUCUUGGCCUGAUUUACAAUUUAAACUGCAGUGUCAGGAACUUGGUGACAUGGUAUGAAUUUGAAACGUGAAAUCAUUUUACUCCAGUGUGCAUUUUAACUGGAAUAUCCAGAGGCAUUUGUCACAUUUGGAAUUGCCUUUUCCACUUUUAUCAAAUAUUUUGACACCCAGACGUCCAAUCAAAUUAUUUUUUUUCUGUAGACGCAGUCAGAUGUGAGUAGUUUUUGAAUGUGUUCUAAAUGCAUAUUAUAUGGACUGCAAAACAGCAAUGUUUGCAGCAUAUGGCUUUUAUAUACAGUACUGUGUAAAAGUCAGGAAGUCAGAGACCAUUGUGUAUUUAAUUUACAGUCAAAACGGCCAAGUUGUUUAUCUUUCAGUGUCAGGACUUGCACAGAAUAUAUAUGAACAUGGUAUUUCAUAUUUUCACACAUUUUUGCAGCUUCCAUUUUUUUUGGGGAGACUUGCUUUCAGUCUUUCCAGAGAAAUCUGCAGGGAUAUUUUUCCACACCUCCAAA